UCAGGAAGACAGACUCCAAUACUGCAGUGCAUGCAUGAGACAGUGUUAUCUGUACAGCUGGAGAGAAGAAGACACAAGCUUCUACAGGGUCGCGUCAGCUUUACCGAAAAGCAACUAUGCAGCAAGACAACAGCAACGAGAUCCAUGAAAACAUGAUAGUCAUGUUCAGAUCCAGGAUCUGCAGCCACAUCCAGGUGAUACCGGUGCUGGACUACAUGCACAGUCUGGAUCAGGAGUUUAAAGAAGUAUUAAGAGCCAAAGCUGCCACCGAGAACCAGGAGGCCGCCAGAAUGCUCUUGGAUCGGCUCUUAUCAGAAACCAGGAGGCCCAACUGGUUUGAAGAGUUUGUCACUGCUGUCAGGGAGGCAGAAUGUACCCAAGCUGAAAUGUACCUGAGCCCCGAAAACCUACCACCCCCCCAAAAAGAGGCCAAGUACGACUACUGCGAGAAACUGAUUUCUUGGCUAUCUCCGAGGCUGCUUAAAAAACUGGAGCCUAAAGAGACGACAGCGAUGUGCCUCAGUAAAGAAAUAUGCAGCCAGGAGGACGCGGACAUUAUAAAUGGAAAACAGAACGCCUUUGACGCCAACAGGGAACUUCUCAGCAGGAUCACUAAGAAGAAGGACUGGUUUAAAGUGUUUGUGGCUAUAUUAAAUCAGCUGGGAAAGAUGGAGCUCAUUAAAGAGUUAACGGGAGGCACAUAUGAAGAAUUUAUAGAUGGGGCUGAGGAAAUAGAUGUGGACCCUGCAAAUCAUAAAAGCAAUUGUCUAGAUGACAGCGUACGUUCUGAAGUGACUGACCGGCAGAAUGACAGCCAUGAUGUGACAGGCGAGAGCAGCGUAUGUGAGAUGUCAUACUCAGAGUGUUCUGAUUUGGAUUCAAGUUGUAACAAGUCAACAGACAGCCCUGACUGCAGCAAGGGAUCAGUAGAAGAAAACGAAGAUAGUAUGAGAAAAGGCAGAGCCUCUCCGGUUCCUAAAAUGACACUUCGAGAUUACCAGAUGGAAGUAGCCAAGCCAGCUUUAGAUGGAGAGAAUAUCAUUAUCUGCCUGCCUACAGGAAGUGGGAAAACCAGAGUGGCGGUGUACAUUGCAAGGCACCAUCUGGAUGAAAGAAAGAAGAAUGACUUGCCAGCAAAAGUUAUUGUCUUGGUCAACAAGGUUCCUUUGGUUGAUCAGCAUUUCCGCAGUGAGUUCUAUCCAUACAUGAAGGAUCGCUACCUUGUCACCAAAAUAAGUGGAGAUAGCCAGUUGAAGAUUUCAUUUCCUGACGUCGUGAAGAUGCAUGAUGUCAUUCUCUGCACAGCCCAGAUAUUGGAGAAUUCCCUAAUUAAAGCAGAAGAAGAUGAAGAAGAAGGAGUCCAACUGUCUGAUAUUUCCCUCCUCAUUAUUGAUGAAUGUCACCACACCCAGAAGGGCGGUGUCUACAAUAAUAUAAUGUUACGUUACAUGCAACAGAAAAAGGAGAACAAAAAGUUGCAGAAGUUGCAAGAGCCAGUGGUCCCACUUCCCCAGAUUCUGGGACUGACGGCAUCGCCAGGUGUUGGCGGGGCUAAUAACAGUAAGAAAGCUGAAGAGCACAUCUUAAAAAUUUGUGCCAACCUUGAUUCUGGGAUUAAGACGGUACAAGAAAACAUUGCUAAGUUACAGAACCAAGUGAAGCAGCCAUACAAGCAAAUUGAGAUUGCAGAAGAUAACAAUAAGAACCCAUUUGGUGACAAAAUUAAAGAUAUGAUGAAAAGUAUUGAAACUUUUAGUGAUUUGUACCCACCAAAUGAUCAUGGCUCCCAAUCUUAUGAACAGUGGGUAGUUCAGAAAAUGAAAACAGCUGCCAAGGAAGAGAAUCGUAGGCAGCACGUCUGCGCACAUCAUCUGAAGAAGUACAAUGAUGCCCUGCAGAUCUAUGACACGAUCCGCAUGAGUGACGCAUUUAUCCAUCUUCUGAAAUUCUAUACUGAGGAGAAGAAGAGGGCUAUAAUGCUGAAUGAGUCUGAUGGAGCCUCUCUGUCUGAAAAGAUCGAUGAGACGGAUAGAUUCCUGAUGGACUUAUUCUUUGGACACAAGAAAGAACUUGAGCAACUGUCUGAGAAAGAAGAGUAUGAAAACGAGAAACUUCUUAAACUUAGAAGAUCCAUCAUGGAAGAGUUUACCAGGAAUAGCAAAGCCAGAGGAAUUAUAUUCACCAAGACUCGGCAGAGUGCUGUCGCUCUGUCUGAGUGGAUCGGUGACAAUGAAAAGUUCAAAGAAGUGGGCGUCCGAGCACAUUACAUCAUUGGAGCCGGAGGCAACAGUGACUUUAAAUCUAUGACUCAGAAUGAGCAAAAGAAAGUGAUUCAAAAAUUUAAAACCGGAGAAUUGAACCUACUGAUUGCAACCAGUGUGGCCGAGGAGGGUCUGGAUAUCAAGGAAUGCAACAUAGUUAUCGUGUAUGGUUUAAUCCACAAUGAAAUUGCAAUGGUGCAGGCCCGUGGUAGAGCCAGAGCUGAAGAAAGUGCUGUUGUCCUGGUGGCUUCUAGGUCAUCCGGGGCUAUUGAUCAUGACAGUGUUAAUGUUUACAGAGAAAACUUGAUGCAUAAAGCUAUCCAAAAGGUGCAGAAGAUGGACCCUAAAAUCUUUGCUGAAAAGAUCCAAGAAUUUCAGAAGCAAACCAUUGUUGAAAGAAAAGUAAAGAAGAAGAAGGACUUGCAAAAAGUUUACCAGAAGAACCCUGGGAAAGUUACUUUCUGGUGUAUAAAGUGUCAGAGUCUUGUUUGUUCUGGACUUGACAUUCGUGUGAUAGAAGACAUGCAUCACGUUGUUCCCGACCAAAAGUUCAAGAAACGUUACAAAAAAGGGGAAAAUAAAACCCUUCAAGAGAAGUUUGCAGAUUACCAAACAAAUGGUGAAAUCAUUUGCAACAAUUGUGGUCGGCCAUGGGGAACUAUAAUGGUGCACAAAGGUACUGAGGUUCCCUGCCUGAAGAUCUGUAACUUUGUCAUCAAGUAUGAGGAUGAGAAGAUGACCAAAGACACUUUGGAUGUUUGGAGAGAUCUCCCGAUCAAGUUCCGUCAGUUUAGUUUUCUGUCUGAUGACAGUGACUCUGACUAAAUACAACAUUUCUCCAGAACACAAGACUGCUAAUCUCUGGCUGCUGUGACUUGUCCACCAGUGGGACUUUUUCUCUGGACUAUUAUGCAGAUGAUGGAUUCCUGCAAUUUUUUGGAGCUUGAAAUGAUGGGGAGGAGAGGGGUUGUAUUAUACGGGAAUAAGAUAAAUAUUACUUUGGUUUUAUCCUGGAAAUGAAUUAAUUAAUUGUGCUUUUAUACAUCGCAUGAGAGCUGGUUAAGGGUGGAGCAGAAGAAGACUGACUUCAUAGCACUAUGGCCCUCAUUUAUCAAAACUGUCUUGGAGAAAAACUGUCCUUGUAGCGUAACAUUUGGGGUUGUCCAAU